CACAUAUCGGCCGGAGCCGCCUCGUUGAUCGGCCAACGCUCCCAACCACCAGCAGCGGUGACCAGCCCGAUCCACCAUGCUCGAGGUCUCUGCGUCAGCCACCGUCGAUCUCAGCAUCGCGGCGCUCCUCUCCGUCUUUGCCGAGCCGGCGCUCAACCUCAAGUGGAAUGAGCGCCUCUCCGAGCAAACGCUCCUCCAUGCUGGGAACCGCACUGUGGCGCACCAGCUUUACCCGAUGCCGUGGCCUCUGACUGACCGUGACUUUGUGCUCACGUGCGACGAGCGGGUCGACGAGCGGUUGCGCUCCUUCUUCUCGUCGUGCUCCUCCACAUCGCAUCCCGCCUUUCCUUCCCAAGAGCCAGGGGUGGUGAGGGCGGAGCUGGUCCGCUCGUCUUGGUCCUUCACCGCCGUGCCAGGAAGCGAGAGCACGCACGUCACCUUCUCCUCGGCGGUCGACCCAAAGGGCGCUCUCCCUCGCCCGCUCGUCGCCGCCGCGCAGCGCCUUGGACGAGACCAACUGAUAUCCGCGCUUGUUGAAGAGGCGCGGGGGCGCACGCCCUCCCCGCGCUUCGAGCACUGGGCGGCCGCCGCCGACGCGCAGGGUCAGGCCGGACACAGUACGCCCAACCGCGCGUCGUGGCCCUCCGCUGCGCUGGUGCGCACGGCACGCGGCGUCGUCGCGGUGGUCAGGGGCGUCGCCACCGCUGCCACGGCCCGGUGCCUCGCCGCCGGCAAUGCCGCUGCGAAUGCGACCACCGCCGCCAGGGCAGAGGCUGUCCUCGCCGCCGCCAGGGUGCGGCAGCGGGUGCGAUUUGCGGAGCCCAGUAGUUUCGUGUCGGCGACAGAGGGAGAGGGGGAGUGGGUGUGGAUCUGGAUGCGGCGGCUGUCUGGUGCGAUGUGGGCGGCACUUGGCGUGGGUGGGAAUGGGUCGUGAAAAGUGGGUUCCCGUGAUACAUGCCGCUCUAGACCUGUGUUAGACCUCUCUUAGACCUCAAGACUUCCCUCAAUUCUUG